AUGUAUUUGUCUUGGCAAAUCCUUAUCGCAGCAUUGAUUUCCACCACGGUGGCUGGAGUCAUUCCCACGACCGACGGCACUCACGUCAACAAGGAAUCGAACCUCAUUACAAGAAGUCAGCAGGAGCUCAUUACUCAGGGAGCAGCACCCACGAACGAGGAAGUCACCAAGCUGGCCGUGGCUACGGCCCUUGGGGAACGAUCAAUUGAUGCUUCGAUGAAAGCAUCCGCCAGAGACACGGAUACGAUGGGUAUCGGCAGCAACCCAGUCAUUGACGUGGUGAGGGAAAGCCCAGAAUCAAUGAAUGAUCCCCAGUCAUAG